UCAUAUACUAUUGUUAUUAUUUUAAAACUAAUAAUGCAAAUAACGACAUAAAAAAGUAAAUACGCCCACUAUUACACCCACUAUAUUUAAUAUAAACAAUACUACAGGUACAACCAAUCCACAGAGGCCUGACAUUAGUCUAGACAAUGAUUGGAGCACGGGAAUGAGCAAGCCCCACCCUAAUUGAGAUUGCUAGAGCUAGUAUGGGCCUCUGUAGACGCUCCUCAUCUUUAUUAUUAGCAAGAUCCUACAGCCAGCCGCUCACUGUCCUUUCGGAGGAGGAACAAAUGAUGAAGGACACUGUUGCAAGAUUUGCAAAUGAGAGAGUUAAGCCACUCGUACAAGAAAUGGACAGAGAGUCGGAAAUGAGCAAGGACAUAAUACGGGGCAUGUUUGAACAAGGGUUCAUGUCUAUAGAGAUAGGGACUCAGCAUGGCGGCACUGGCUCUACGUUCUUUUCUUCAAUACUAGCAAUAGAGGAGCUGGCUAAGGUUGACCCAUCAGUCAGUGUGGUCUGUGAUGUUCAGAAUACACUAGUCAAUGCUUACUUUAAUGAUUAUGCUGGCCAAGAGCUGAAAGAGAAAUAUCUACCAAGACUAUCGACUGAUUUGUUGGGAUCGUUUUGUCUGUCAGAGUCAUCCUCAGGUAGCGAUGCUUUUGCAAUGAAGUGUUCAGCAAAGGACAACGGAGACCACUGGGUUCUGAAUGGGGAGAAACUCUGGAUCACUAACGCUGAGCAUGCUGGAGUAUUUAUUGUCCAUGCUAAUUGUGAUUUCUCUAAGAAACACAGAGGGAUAUCAGCUUUUGUUGUUGAUAAAGGCACUCCGGGUCUAUCCCUUGGGAAAAAAGAGGACAAGCUUGGAAUCAGGGCUUCAUCAACGUGUCCAGUGAUACUAGAGAAUGUGUGUAUACCUAAGAGCCAAUUGUUAGGUGAGUAUGGUAAAGGAUAUAAGUAUGCCAUUGAAGUACUUAACACUGGACGAAUUGGCAUUGGAGCACAGAUGUUAGGGCUAGCUGAAGGGGCUCUAAAUGCUACCAUACCUUACCUGAUGGAGAGAAAGCAGUUUGGAACAGAAAUCGGCUCAUUCCAGGCUAUGAGACAUUUAAAGGCUCAAUUGGCAACAGAGAUAGAAGCUUGCAGACUCUUAGUCUACAAUGCAGCUAGAAUGAGAGACAAUGGCGUACCAUUUGUUAAAGAAGCUGCAAUGGCCAAGUACUACUCGUCUGAGGUUGCUUGCAAGGUAGCUGGUCGUUGUGUUGAAAUGACGGGUGGAGUUGGUUUCGUUAAAGACUACCCAUUGGAGAAAUUCUAUCGUGAUUCUAAGAUAGGUCAAAUUUAUGAAGGAACCAGUUUUAUUCAAUUGAAUACGAUAUCAGACUGCAUUGAUAAAGAAUAUUCAUCUUAAUUAAUUUUAUUAUUAAUAAUAAUUAUUAUUAUUUUACAUGUACAUCCAUUUUGAUUGCAUAAUAUUAUAUUUUAUGUCUUGUAUAUUAUAAUGUGUAUGUUAUAUGUUAUUAUUAUUAUUAUCAUUAUUGUUAUUAUUAUUAUUAUUAUUGUCAGUAAUCAUGAUUCUGUUAGUUGAA